AUGUGGUUGGUAAUAAACGAUUGUGGAAUGACCAAAGGGGAGCGAGAGUUGAACCGCGCGGAAAAGAGCAAUGAGCGAGGAGAUCGGCAUGAAAUUGAUCGCUGUCGUGAUCAUUGGGAAGGAGAUUUGUUAGCAAAUGAAUUUGACGAAGAGUUCUGGGUCAAGGCAAAGACGAGUUUUUUUUAAAAUUCCCUAUGCUAUCUUUUCAUGUAAGCUUUUUUCAUAUAAGUUAUCAUUUCCUUUUUAUGACAAGGUUUAUCUAAAACAGAACAAAGGAUUGUCUUGGAACAGCGCCAUCGACGAAGUUCGCGUUGAAAGUUUGGUUCAGAAAUACAUGGACGGCGGGGAAAUGAACAAUGAGGACCCAGCUCUGUUGAUGUUAAAAACUUGGCCGGUAUCUAAACAUUACAAAGAUAAUCCUGAUAAACUUCCUGGACUUGAGCAACAGGUAAUGAAGUCUAUAUACAGUUUUACAUGCAUAUCAAGUUACUUAAUCAGACUCUCUUCCAUCUAACUAGUUUGGAAAAUCAUGUCAAGUGAGUGAUUCAUUCUCUUUUUAUAAUGUUAUUGUCAAUGUAUUUUUUAGAUAAACAGGUUUUUGGAGAUUCUGUUGGAAAGUGAACGGAACUCAUGGAACAGAUACAAGGCAUUCCAGGAUGAAGAUGACAAAACCAGAAAAACACUGAUGCACUAUGCUGCAGAACUUGGCUUUUUACAUGUCACCAAAACACUUGCAAAGAAAUGCCCUCUUAUGCUUACCAUGAUGACAGAAGAUCAAUUAAAGCCUGUGAAAAAAAGAGCUAUGUUACCAGUGGAGUCAGCAAUAGAGGCAGAAAAUGAUGAUGUGGCAGCAUAUUUGAUUAGAGUUAUGGGGCACGAGAGGUAGAAACAUGCUUACAAUUUGAAUAAAGUGAAAAAAAAUUUAAAUGAGAGUACAGAGAUGUGGUCUUUUUAAAUAUUUAAAUAUUUUUAUUUUUUAUCUGAGGAAUUAAAAUGUUCAAAUGUCCAGGUUUAAAGAAGAUUUACAUAGCAGGUUGAUUAUAAUUUUCUUGGAAAGUUCCAUUGUGUAAUGCAAGUGCUGAAAUGAAGGUCACAGUAUGUAAAGUAAUAAAAGGAUAUUGAUCUUUUUUUAAGUGACUUGACCUUGCAAGCUUGCUGUAUGUAAUCCAAUUCAUCAAAACUAUGGAAUGUAUAAUAACUUGGUUUUGAAUUAAUGGUUCAUUUUAUUUUUUGUAUAUUUUCAGAGUCCAAAGCUUAUUUUCCUGGACACCUGAAGAUAUGACAAAUCCUCUGUCAUCCUCUUUUAGUUUCAAAGCAAUUAUAGAGAAUCCUAAAAUGAAGGUGGGCACAUGUAUUUUUCUCCUUAUGUAUAGGGGCAUGUAUAAAGCUAAGGUUUUGUUGGAGUUUAUCUCAAUAUAACUCAAAACUAACAGGAAAAAAUAGGAAAGAAAAAAUCCCUUUUUGAAGCUUUUUUAAUGGUUCAAAAACUGAAUUAAAAAUAUAUUCUAGUUCUAGUGUACUUUUAUCAGGUUGUAGCAGCUUGAUGACCUAAGAAAAGCUGCUAAUGGAUCCUUCAGCUUUAUGGUUGGGGUCAGCUUAAAAAAAUGAUCAAGUAUUUUUCCAAUUACCCUUAAAUAGGGAAUUUGGGGCAGUGGUGCUGCUAUCUGUAGCCCAAGUUAUUAUUUUCUAAGGCCAUGCAUGCCAGUUGCAGUUUUCAUAUAAGUUACAUUUUUAAUCCUAUGUAAAAUAUAUUACAGGGCUGUCACUAAGUUUGAACUAGAAGGCAACCAGGCAGACUAAGGACUAUUCAAGGAACCUUGAAGCAAAUUAGGAUUGUGGUUUUAAAACCAGCUCCCUUUUUUUGUAUAUUUUGCAUUUAAUUCCCUACCAAAAUUAGGAAAUGGGUGUCUUGCAUAUUUCCUGGGCUGGUUUUUCAAAAUUCAUUUUUCUAUUUUUCAUAAUCAUUUAUAGUAAAAUGAUGUGAUGUAGCUGUCUAAAGGUAUGGCAGACUAGGCUGUGGCUUGAGAUGGCUACCAGCUCUUAUUGACAGCUCUGUUGUACAUUAGAUGCAUGUUAUGAUUUUGAUGGAACUUAAUGUUGUCUACAGAAAACAGUAGUGGCUGUGUUAGACCAGAUGGUAAACCCUCACUGGCCAUAUCUUCCACAGCGACAAGAAAACUAUGAAAACGAGGUAGAAAGAGAGGCAAUUGAGGGAAUCUGGAAUUCAAUUACAGAUGAUCCAUUAAAUUAUCAUUUUUAUUAUCAUAUUUUGGAUGGAGAUGAGGGAGGACGACCGCCAAAGAUUAUGGCCUCAGAUGGACACCAGCAGAUAGAAAACAAACAUUUUAACUGGAGAAACAAGUCCUGUUUACAUGCGAUUGCAACAAGCAACAAUAAAGUAGGAUUAAUUUUACAAAAGUUAAAUGUAAUGUCAUUUUAUAGUUAUUUAGAAACAGUGGAAAUUUUCAGAGUUACUUAUUGGAGACUCAAUUUGCUACUGUAGGAGUUGGACUCCCUGAUCACUCCCAUGACCCUAUGUUUUUGGCAGAAUUAAGCCAGCUUUUGACAUUUACCUUUAGGAGGCUCUACAACAUCCUGUGGUCAGGAUGCUUAUUAGAACAAAAUGGAGAAGCCAUGGACACUUCUUUCUCAGGUAAAUCAGUUUUUUUGCAGCAAAUAUUUACACUGCUUCAUCAUUCUUACACACACAGUAUACUUAAUGUGAUAUUUGAAUUUUUGCGCUUUAUGUUGCCAUGUUCUUUGAUUCAGACUUCUUAUUUCUCAGAGAAUUGUAAAAACAUAUAGACACAAAAAAUUUUUGAUACCUUCAAUUACUUUAAGGUUGUUAUUUAAAAAAUACUUGACAGGUUACCAAGAGAUUUCGAUUAAGGUUUUAUAUCUUUGUUUUGAUCUCCAUACACUUCCCUAAUUCCCUGUCCCCAUAUUCUGCUGCAUCAGAGAUGAUAUUACUGCCUUUUUUCUGCAGCCUUCAAGCAGCAUUGUAUUGCAUCUUCUUGCUGAGCAUGUCAUAUUCUCUGCUGCAUGCCACUACCAAACUGGACCCCACCCAUUACAGUGGUGCGCUGGACUCACUGCGUGGAUUUUGUGAGGUUGUCACUCUACUUAUGGUUGUGUUUUACAUCUGUGAGGAAAUAAAUCAAAUGAGAAUGUAAGUAAUUUAUAUGGUUAGGGUGAAAUCAGAUCAUUGUGUAGUGACAUGGACUCUAGUCAAUAUUGUUAAUUAUUGUUCCACAUUUACGCCAUCUUACCAUAUUAGUAACGCACAAAAUAUGCCUCGUUAUUACGCUGUAGAAGAGGGCAAAAAUACGGACGGAAAGUGGAGCAACAAAAUGGUCGCUCUGAGCUAUCCAAAAAGUCUUUUUUUUUCGUUUUUUUAGUUCACAUUUUUAAAAAACGAGCCAUUAAGCGCUUCAGAUUUUUUGUUACCCAUAAUAACACUUAAACGGUUUCAUUUGCCUUUUCUCACGCCUUACACAAUCGAUACGAAGUUCAGAUGGUUUUUUGUACCAAAAACCUGCAUAGAAUCCUAGAAGAGGAGCGGUUACUUAUACUUAUUGUCUGAUUUCUUGAAGAGAGGGGCGUUCUUAUUUCUCAGAGUGGAUGACCUUGUUUGACUGGUUAGGCCUGCUGUUGAUAUUUUGUAUAAUACCCUUACGGUACAUGGAUCAUAAAGCACAGUGGAUGGUGACAUCUUUAGCCUUCUUGUUCAACUUCCUGAGAAUAUUUAAAUUUUCAUGUGUGUCAAGGUAACCUACAACUCCCAAUUGAUUAAUUUAGUUUGGAAAGAGCACUGAUGAAUUAAAACUCAUUCCUUCGUCAAUCUAACCUAACAUUACAUUAAAUCUUUCUUAGGACUACAGGAUUAUACACACAAACCUUGGCUAAGAUCAUUUUACAUGAUGUCACAAGAUCCAUGGCAGUUUUCAUUGUGAUCUUUUUCUCCUUCUGUGGUGCCUUGACUUUAUCACUUUGUUACUCCGGAUCCAGUGAGAACCGAGAACUUUGGUGCGUCUCUGUUGAGUAUAUCUCCUUAACAAAGCUAUGAAGUUGUACUGACAAAAAUAAUUUAGCCAUCGUUUCUUACAAGUCAGUAAUAUAUUCGAGAACUUCUACUGGAAUUUGUUUAAUUUGAUCUGCUCUUUACUGGUUAGAUUUUGUAUUUAUUCAAAGAAUUCUCGCCCUUUUGCAAAAGAAAUUUACUGGUGAACAUAACGCGUGCAAAGCGCUAAAACCUAACAUACUACUUUUAAUUUUGAUUUUGCUUUUAGUUGUCUUGGAGACGUUUUGUUGAGUGGACUUCGUGCGCUGUCUGAGCAGUAUCCAAUGGCGGAAAAUUAUUCAUCUUUCAAGUAGGUGACAUUAUUCUUUAAAGAUAUUGCUUCUCUUUGCACGUAACGACUGCAUCGACCUGAGUUUAAAUGCAAGUUCAAGGAGGUCAGAUACCUGAUCUUUAAUAAGAAAUUAGGCCGGAUUUGGCUAUAGGCCUGCUGCACUGGAUGAUAAGUAACUUAUGCAUUCGUUUCUUGUAGUUUAGCUAAAGUUUGUAAUCUUUCUUUCUGCAGUUGGCUGUCGGUUCUUUUGAUGAUGGCGUACGUGGGAACAGUGACAGUGAUUCUGCUCAACAUUCUCGUUGCACAAAUGAGUACGACCUACUCACAGGUCAAGAAAGUCGCUCGUCUGGAAUAUGAUGUGGAUCGAAUUUUACAACUCACACGCAUGGAGAGAUUUCCUUUUCUGGUAAAUGUCCAUCAGGCAAUGCGACGGCGUUUUUCUUCAAAUACACACCGACUUGUGUGUUUGAGAUUACAAGCGAUCGCGUAAAUGUGCUGCGCGUGCGUACAAGAGUGAAUGAGAUAAUGAACGGGGAGAAGUAAUUAAAUUCUUUUUCUUUUUUUUUUCUACAGAAUUUACGUGUGAAGUAUUACAAGGAAGGCGACUGGAUCAGUGAAAUGCAACUCGCUAAAGGUUAGUAAUGAAUUAUUUGGGAUUGUGACUGCCUAACUAGGCAUGUCGUGUUUAAGUGUUGUUUGUUGAAAUUCAUUUGAGUCGUGGAGAUUGCUAGGAAAACUAAUAUGGUUGCAUCUGCGUGGAGAAUUGUGAAAGCGAAAAGAAUGGCUUCUCAUGUUAAAAGCAUAUCUUUUGGUUGGCAAGAGCUAUGGGGCUAUUUGAAAGAACAGGUACUUCUAAUAUUCGGCGUUUCAAUUUCAAUUUCUCCCGGGGGAGCUGUAGAAAUUUAUGAUCACUUGAAAAAGCUAAACAUAUCUUGCAAUCCGGUGCUGUAAUUCCUAGUACAUACCAUCCGUUUUGUUUUUUUAGAACUGCUUGAAUUCAGUGAAGAUCGCAAUCCCUGGGAGUCAGUGGAAGAGAAACUUUAUGACAUCAGGUAAAAAAUACUUUUCUUAGUAUUAAUUUCUGUAUUGGCCUCAUUAGCCGCUCAGAGAGUCCAUUCGAUUGUGAUUUGGAGAACCAGAAGUGACAGUGACCAAUUGAAAUAAAGUUAAAUUUUACUUUGAGCCAAUGAAACUCAAAGUAAAACAAGCUAAGUGUCCGAUGCACGGGAAAACGAGAGUGAUCAAGUCCUGACUGGUGUAAAUUUGGCAUCUGAUUGGUUAAAAGAGUGUUGCGGUUUUUAUUGGACAAAUCAGAGAGCGAAGAAAAGCAAACCUGAGUCGUUAAAGUCCCGGAUUACUUUCGACACUCAAUUGAAAUUGUCUCUAUGCUCGCUUGUGACUUUACCUUCUCACCCACCCCACUCACACACAAUUUCUUUUUAUACCUAAAGUUUUUUCUUAUUGUGUGUUCCAUUUGACAGGGAUCUGAUGAGAAAAAUGGUCAAACAGAUGAGGCCUGGACAAGAAUAA